AUGGAUCAAACCAAUAGGACAAUCGCCGACGAGAAGGCCGAGUCCUACCAGCAUGAAGAUACGCAGGAUGCGCAGCUAGCCCAUCUCUCUGGCCAGGAAGAGCACGACGAAGGCAUCUGGAAGUCCUUCGUGAACAACCCCUGGGCCUGCACCUGGUGUAUCUAUGCAAUUUGGUGCAUUAUUCUCAUCAGUUUCGAUUUGCAGGCCGCUGGCGCAGUUGUCGGAAUUCCGCAGUUCCGCAAAGAUUUCGGCUUCGAGUACAACGGCGAUUUCGUGAUUCCCGCUGGAUGGCAGUCAGCCUUUAGUGGCGCCCCAGUCGCUUCAGCUGUGAUCUCAUCACUCGUUUCAGCUGAGAUCGCCGAUUGGAUUGGACGCAAGAAGGUUCUUGCUGGUGCCUUGCUCAUCUCCUUUGCUGCCGUUGCCAUUGAGUUUGUUGCAACUACAAAUGCCGUCUUUUUCGCCGGAAAGCUGCUGAAUGGCUUCAUGGUCGGCGCUGUGGCUACCGUCAUGGUCAGCUACAUCGGAGAGAUUACCCCUUUGGCCUUGCGCGGUGUUUUCACCUGCGGUAUCGGAGUAGCCUACGGGAUAGGGCCCCUUGUUGCCUUCAUCGUUAUCAACUAUACGGGCAACGUCGAGACACGUUGGGCCUACCGAGCCGUCUUCUGUGCCCAGUGGGGUUUUGCUGGAGUCGCAUUUGCCUUGGUUCCCUUCAUGCCCGAAUCACCUUGGUGGCUUAUGUCUAAAGGUCGCGCCGAAAAGGCCCUCAAGAGUAUGCGCCAGCUCGGAUAUUCAGGAGAAGAAGGCCAGAAGAGGCUUGCACUCAUUGACCAGACGCUCGAACAUGUUCGCGCCGAAACUCACGGCGUGACCUACAUUGAAUGCCUUCGCAAGUCGAAUCUUCGCCGCACCAUGAUUAGCAUUAUGCCCCUCUGUAUCCAGGCAUUUUCAGGCAUCGCCUUCGUGGCUGGUUACUUCACCUACUACCUGCAGCUUGCCGGUUACUCCACGGAGAUGAGCUACCGUAUCCAGAUCGCACAGCCGGUUCUGUCCAUUGUCGGCAACCUGAUGGCCGCCGCUAUGGUCGACAGGAUCGGCCGACGUGACCUCACUUUCUGGGGCCUUGUUGUGCUGACUAUUUUCCUGCUCAUCACGGGUGGUCUGGGUCUAGGAUCCUCGCAAGCAACGGUGACAGGCACCGUCGCCUUCAUCCUCAUCUACAGUUGGUGGUACAAUGUGUCGAUUGGUUCGACGGCCUUCUCGUUGCUGUGUGAGGUAUCGACGUCCAGACUCCGUGUCAAGACUAUCGCCAUAGGAUACGCCGUGCAGAACUCCAUCACUGUGGCCUGGCAAUUUUUGAUCCCCUUCAUGUUCAACCCCGACCAAGGAAACCUGGGUGCCAAGAUUGCAUUCAUCUUUGGUGGCCUGACUCUCUUCUCGCUAGCCUACCUGUGGUGGUGCCAGCCGGAGACAGCAGGGCGGUCGUACCAGGAACUUGACGAAAUGUUUGCGGCGGGUGUGCCUGCGCGAAAGUUCAAGUCGUACAAGACGAACGUACAACUUCAAAACGAGGUAGCAGCUCAAGGGCUGGCAAAGGGGGGGCUCUAG